UUGAACGACAUUUUGUCUCUCCAUCUCCACUGCAACCAAUCUGUAGAGUAAUCAAUUGUCCGUUUUGGUUUGAUUGAUGGCUUCCUCUCCAUUUAUUUAUAAAUCUCUUCUUUCAUGUUUUUUUCAAUCAAAACUCUCUCAAUUUGUUCUCGCAAUGAAGUCGAACGGGAAAGCCAUAGUCUCUCACGAGCCGAUUGUGAAGAAACCAAACGGCAAGGAUGCUGUCUCCUCCAUCGUUCUGGAUCAACCAACCGGUAAAAACGCUGUCUCCUCCGCCAAGGUCCAUAAGGUGAUGCCCGCCGUCUCCUCCGCUGUACCGAUCCAACCAAGCGGUAAAACCGCCGUCUCCUCCGUCAAGGUUCGCUCCUCCGCCAAGGUUGAUAAGGUGUUGUUUUUUAGAGACUGUCUCAUUUGGCAUACAAGAAGGGGAGUUAAGGUUUCGUCUCAUUCUGGGAGGCUCGAAAUGUGCUUACAAAAACACUUAUUGGUCUAGAGAUGCUCCUCAUCGAUGAACAAGGAACUGUUAUCCAAAGUUUCAUCCCAUCAGCAAGGAUUGAUACCUACUUGCCACACAUGAAAGCAGGAUCUGUCUACAGACUGAAUAAGUGUUUCGGAUCAAACAGCAAAGUCAUGUACCGGGUUGCUGAGCCUAGGGUAAUCAUCAGUUUCACUUUGAACUCUGUCCUCUCUGAUCUUGAGGACAGUCGGGUUAAUUUUCCUGAUGAUCGGUUCCGUUUCCAUAGUUACGAAGAGUUUGAGGCAGCAUGUGACCUCAAAGGUGAUCUUUACGAUUAUGUUGGGCACUUGAAACUGGUGAAUGGGCAGACACUGAAUGACAAUGUGGUGCUUGACGAAGAGGAAAUAGCUUCGACCCGGCGGCUUUUGCUCCAUGUUCAAACUCAUGAUGGACCAGUGAUGAAGCUCUACCUAUGGGACCAGGCUGCAUCAGACUUUUGUGCCAAAUUCAAGUCGCAUGGAAGCACUCCAAGGGUUAUUUUAGUAACCACCGCCAACCCAAAACGUUUUGGAGGUGUUCUUGCUCUUGCUUUAAUGUCAUCCUCUCGGGUGUUUUUGGACUUUGAUGUUCAACCAACCCGUGAUUAUGUCACUUGGUUGGACUCAAAUUUAGAUGUGGCUAAUAGGGUUGAUGCAAAGGUGGUCACAAAGACUGAAACAAUGACAAUAGGGGAGCUAUUCUCCUAUAUCAAGCAGGAAGCAGCAAAGGUAAUAUAUUUCCCACGUUUUACAAAUGCAUUAUGAGAAGGUUAUUUGGUUGGUGUGGGAUGUAUGUUUGAGACUUCUUUUCCCAGUUCCAUUUUUUUGUUGACAUGUCCGUAUCUGAUUACAUUUGUCUAGAAGACUCAUCCAUUUUGCGUAAAGUCUCAUCCGUUUAUAUUGAUCUCAACAUGUUCUUUGCAGUAGUCAUCAUCUUUAGUUCGAAUUUCUGUCUAAACACUCAAGUAACCAAGAAAACUCAGUUUAGAAAUGUACCUGCUGAUGAAUUGUGAUGGAAGUAUUUUCAUUGUGGCAUGUUGCUUGGUUUGAGUGCACAUCAACUGUUGAUGCUGUUUUCCACGGUUCUCCUUGGUAUUAUAUUGGUUGCGGUGUGUGCCAUACUAAGGCAAUCAAAGGGCCUACAUCGCUCAUGUGCAAGAAAUGUGGAAAACAUGAAGUAGAUGGUGUUCCACAGUACCUCACAAAGCUGUCUGUUUAUGACAACAAUGACCAGGCGGUUUUGUUAUCCUUGGUGAAGUUGGGCGUGCUGACUGGGAAACAAGG